AUGACUUUUGCAACUAAGCAGUGGGUUUUCUUGCCCGUCGUAGGAGUGGUUAUCCUCUUCUUGCAACCAUUUGCUCUGGGCAAUCCUCAGGUCCCUUGUUACUUCAUUUUCGGCGACUCCCAAGAUGACAAUGGCAACAACAAUUACCUGAACACUACUGCCAAGGCAAAUUAUCCACCUUACGGCAUUGAUUUGCCGGAAGGUCCAACUGGUCGCUUCACCAAUGGGCGAAACCAAGCGGACUUCAUAGCUGAGCUCCUUGGAUUUGAGGGCUACAUGCCUCCAUUUGCAAAUAUAAAAGGCCAGGACAUCACUAAAGGUGUUAACUAUGCAUCAGCAGCAUCCGGAAUUCUUGACCAGACAGGUCGCCAGCUGGGCGAUAUCGUCAGCCUCAACCAACAAUUGCAAAAUCAUAGAAGAGUAACUUCGCAGCUUGUGAGAUUAAUUGGGAACGAAGCUGCAACAAAAGAAUACCUAGCCAAAUGUUUGUAUACUUUUGCAAUUGGAAGUAAUGAUUACAUCGACAGCUACUUACUCCCAGAAUAUUAUCCUACAAGCCGCCUACGUACUCCAAGACAAUUUGCUAGAAUGUUGAUUAUAGAAUAUUCUCAGCAACUACGGAAAUUGUACAGAUUGGGGGCAAGAAAAAUAGCUAUCUUUGGGCUAGGUUUCCUUGGUUGUGUGCCUGGUUUGUUAUCUAUAGAUGGUACAUGUGUGGAUUCUUUAAAUAGUGAAGUUCAGUUAUUCAAUGAGGAGCUCAAGCCGCUGGUCGAUGAACUGAAUACCGAGUUAAGCGGUGCACAUUUUAUCUAUGUAAAUGUCACAGCAAUCACUUUGAGCACUAUGCCUGCAGAAAUUACAAUUGAUAAAUCACCAUGCUGCAAUGUGUCUACAACAGUUAGUGCUGGACAAUGCAUUCCUGGACAAAUUCCCUGCAGCAACAGAAACCAAUAUUAUUUCUGGGAUGAUUUCCAUCCCAGUGAAAUAGUGUAUGAAGCAUCUUCCAGAUUGGCAUACUCUGCAUUAUCCUCAUUACUUAAUGCUUAUCCUUUUGGUAUCGGUAGCCUAGCAGACACCGACUCUCGUGAUAAACUGGAGAUACAAUAGAUUAUGUUUGCAGUUGUGUAUUCUUUUUCCCAUUUUUUCCCCAACAAAGUGUGUUGUAAAACUCUGAAAGUCUGAUGAAUUACUAUGAUUUUAUGGCCUCAAUGUAAA